CUGUGCUGACCACUAGGGGCUGCACUGCACACGAGGUGUUCCAGCGAGGUAUGAGUGUUUGAUAUAAUGAGAGACUGGGAAGCAGAAGCAAACAGGAGAAAGAGAGAGAGGGAGCGAGAAAUGCAGAAAAUACAGAAGGAAGGAGCAAAGCAGUGAGAGAUGCAUGUUUCCAAUGCUUCUCAUUACAAGCAGGUGAAAACAGGGCCAGCCUAUGAGACACUGAGUGGAAGACACCAGGAGCGUCUGUUUUUUUCCCUGAAGCAAUAACGGGGAUUUUAUUUUUCCAGCUUCUUGCAGGACAUCAAGUCCUAAGAAAGACUGCUCUAGUGAGAAGUGCUACAGUCUAACUGGUCCAGAAUCGCAGCCGGUGACUCCUACUCACCAUCUGUUCCUAUUCUGUGGGUUCAUACUGAAGCUUUUUUCUGGAUAGUCAACACAUGAAAGCAACCCAUAAAAAUACAAAUUUUUAAUGAGGAAGUACCUGUGAGAAAGAAUGUGGCCAUCAUAUAUACACUAAGAUCUCGGAUGAAUUCUGCUUCAAAAUGGUUUCCAGUGAUACUUUCUGGGACAUCUAUUACUUGUAGUUCAAAGUCUGGCUGUGGAAGCUUGGGGAAUACCAGCAGAGGACUUUAAAAAAGAUACAGGUCUAAUUUUUCCUGGAUAUAGAAGUGAACAGCAAGCUAUGAAUUGUAAUAGUGAAUAUUUAUAAUCAUCAAGCAGUUUGAAGCUGAAACAUUACCAGUCCAUUAGUCACAAAUACAGUGUGGAGACCUUUAGGACACCAAAGCAGUCAGGCUGAUUUCAAGGAAUUUUCGUACCAAUUAUUUGCCUGUGAGUGACUUAGACAAGUAAAACUGCGUUCACUUGUAAACAGAGAGCUAAGGUCCAGGAUUAGACAUUAUUUGCAAACAAAUCAAGCACCGACGAAAAUAUAAACUGUGACCAGUGAGAAGAAAAGUCUAAGAGUACAAGGUACAAAACAGAUGGUGAUGGGACCCUCAGGAGGGACUUCAUACUUUACAACAACUGCAAUAAGCUUACUUUCGGUGUUACUCUGUACUUCUGUUGAGGCCAGAGCAGUGAAGAAGGUGGAUGAUGCAAAGUCUGGGGACACACCAGAAGGAGGGCACAUGAUCAACCAUACAGUGUCUAUGAAAGACCAGCCUGUGGUGUUUCACCAUGUAUAUAACAUCAAUGUUCCACUGGAGAAUCUCUGUUCGGUGCAGCUAGAAUCCUCACCCAGCCAACUGACUAGGACUGGAGACAGAGAAGAGGGGCCAACAGUCACAGAACAGACAACUGAUGCAGAGAACCAAGUCACCUUCACCCACAGGAUCAAUAUUCCCAAGCAAGCCUGUGGCUCUCCCACUACCCCCACCCUACAGGAACUUAUAAACCGUAUUGAGAUGCUGGAAAGGGAGGUCUCACUGCUGCGCGAACACUGCAGUAGUAGCUGCUGUGGAGAGAGUGCCACCACAGGUCAGCUAGAUUUCUACUUUCACUGCAGUGGACAUGGCACAUUUAGCAUGGAAUCUUGUGGCUGUGUCUGUGAAGAAGGCUGGGGAGGCAGGAACUGUUCGGAACCUCAGUGUCCACUGAAUUGCUCAAGUCGUGGAGUAUGUGUGGAGGGAGAGUGCAUCUGUGAUAUGGAUUUCAGUGGAGAGGAUUGUUCAGAUAUUCGCUGCCCCACAGACUGCAGCUCUCAUGGGCUUUGCAUGGAUGGUGAAUGUAUCUGUGAGGAGGCUUUUACAGGCAAGGACUGCAGUGAACUGAAGUGCCUGAAUGAUUGCUCAGAUAGGGGCAAUUGCAUCAAUGGUACAUGCUUGUGCCAUGACCCUUAUGCAGGUGAAGACUGCAGUCAGAGAACAUGCCCAAACAUGUGCAGCAGUAAGGGACACUGUGAGCAUGGAGUCUGCUUUUGUGAUGAAGGGUAUACCAGCGAGGAUUGCUCUGAAGUUUCUCCUCCCAGGGAUCUGCAUUUGUAUGGUAUCACGGAUAAAACUAUCAGCCUGGAUUGGGAGGGACCUUCUGGCAUAGCAGAAUAUGUCAUCACCUAUGAGCCAGUGCGGGACAGUGGACAACAUCUGGAACUGCGGUUGCUAGGAGAAUAUAACAAUGCUACAAUUGAGAAGCUAGAACCAGGCCUGGAAUACAGUCUCAACCUUUAUUCUGUUCUCAAUAACACUUUCAGCAGUCCUAUUAGUGCAAGGGCUCUAACACAUCUUUUGCCUCCUCAAGGCUUACAGAUCCUUUCUGCAAAUGAAACAACUGUGCAAUUAAGGUGGGAGCCUUUCCACUUUUCCUUUGAUGGCUGGGAGAUCAGCUUCACCCCCAAGAUGAAUGAAGGUGGAGUGACAGCACAGCUCCCUAGCACUGUGACCUCCUUCAACCAGACAGACCUCAAACCAGGAGAAGAUUACACAGUAAAUGUUGUGGCACUGAGGGAACAGGCGCGCAGCCCCCCAGCUUCAGCCAGUGUCUCCACCUUAAUUGACAGCCCAAGUCAGAUUUUCAUGCGUGAUAUCUCAGAUACAGUGGCCUUUGUAGAGUGGACUCCACCCAGAGCCAAAGUGGAUCAUAUUCUUUUAAGAUAUGGACUAGCAGAUGGAGAAAGAAUAAAGACAACAUUUAAACUGCAGCCCACUUUAAGCCAGCACUCACUUCAAGCCUUGAAGCCAGGGACACUGUAUGAUGUGUCUGUCUCUGCAAUAAGGGAUUCAGUGGAGAGCAGUGCUGCAACAACCCAGUUCAUGACAGAAAUUGAUGCUCCUAAAAAUAUCCGUGUGAUGUCAAGAGACACCAACAGCCUGGAACUAGAAUGGGAAAACAGCGAGGCUGAAGUUGAUAACUACAGAGUUGUUUAUAGCACCUUGGCUGGAGAUGAAUAUGAAGAGAUCGCUGUACCUAAACGUCCAGGUCCCACUACAAGAGCAAUCCUUUCAAAUUUGAUCCCUGGAUCAGAGUAUGGCAUUGGAAUUUCAGCCAUUUCUGGCAGUAAGCAGAGUACCCCAGCAACAAUAAAUUCCAGGACAGAUUUAGAUGGGCCUUUAGACCUGGCAGUGACAGCUUCCACAGACACUUCUAUUUCCUUGCAGUGGACAAAAGUUCGUGGUCCAGUGGAUCAUUAUCGUCUUACUUAUACACAAGCUUCAGGCGCAUUGUCAGAGGUAACUGUACCAGGUGAAAUGUCCUCCAUCACCCUCACAGACCUGGAGCCAGGUAGUGAAUAUACCAUCUCCAUCUCUGCAGAGAGGGGUCGACAGCGCAGCACUGAGGCCAUAGUUGAUGCUUUCACAGGGUUUCGAUCAAUCAGUGAGCUACAUUUCUCAGACCUAACUUCAUCCCAUGUGAAUGUAUCCUGGAAUGCCCCUGCCCCACCUGCUGAUAUGUUUGUUCUAAGCUACAGUCCCAAGGACCAAGAGGAGAUGUUGCAGGUCAAACUGGAUGGCUCCAAGAUGCAAACAACCCUAUCGGGCCUGUGGCCUUCCACAGAAUAUAUUGUUACCUUGGUUACCGUGCAUGGAACUAGCAUCUCAGAGCCUGUCACUGGCUCAUUCACUACAGGCAUUGACCCUCCCAGAGAAAUAUCCAUAGCCAAUGUGACAGAAGAUUCUGUAAGUGUCUCAUGGAGCCCACCAAUUGCCCAAUUUGACCACUACAAGAUGUCCUAUCAGCCUGCUCAUGGGAGAGUGGACUUAAUUGAGAUUGACAAGCACAUCACAGAGCACACACUGAUCAAGCUGCAGCCUGCAACAGAGUAUGAAAUCAGUAUGAGCACAAUACGGGCCAAUGAGGAAAGUGAGCGGAUUUUCACACUGGUACAAACAGCCAUGGACAGCCCAGUUGGUUUGAUAGCCACAAACAUUACACCGAUGGAUGCUCUGCUCAAAUGGAACCGACCUCUGUCUUCAGUUGAUAAUUACGUGAUCACAUCUACUCACUACAAGGUGGCCUCAGAGACCAUCAUAGUUGAUGGCACAAGUCAAGAAUAUCACAUGAGUAAAUUGCUUCCCAGUACGACCUACUAUGUCUCCAUGUAUGCAACAAAAGGGCCACUGACCAGCGAAAUGGUAUCAACCACAUUCAGUACACCAAUUGAUCCUCCAAAGAACCUAACUGCUAGUGAGGUCACACGAAGAAGCGCCCUCAUCUCUUGGCAGCCUCCAUUCUCUGAGAUUGACAAGUACAUACUUACCUAUAAGACAAGUGAUGGCAGUCAAAAGGAAUUCCUCAUUGAUUCAGAAGACACCUGGAUACGACUGGAGGGACUCUCAGAAAACACUGAGUACACAGUGAGGUUGCAGUCUGGUCAUGGAGUCGAGUUCAGUGAGGCCAUCUAUGCUACCUUUGUCACAGGAGGUCGACUUCAUCUCUAUCCACACGACUGUGCCCAGCACUUGCAAAAUGGAGACCAGAUAACUGGGGGUUACACAAUCUACAUCAAUGGAGAUCCUAGCCAGAUGGUACCAGUGUUUUGUGACAUGACCACUGAUGGAGGUGGCUGGAUUGUUUUCCAAAGACGUCAGAAUGGCCUUACAGACUUUGCAAAGAAGUGGGAAGAGUACAGAUUGGGCUUUGGAAAAUUAGAGGAUGAGUUCUGGCUUGGCCUCGAUAAUAUUUAUCGUAUCACAUCCCAGGAACGGUAUGUCCUGCGUAUUGAUAUGAAGGACAGACAGGAUGAAGUAUAUGCUUUUUAUGAUCGAUUUGCCAUUGGGGAUGCUAGAACCCUCUACAAGCUCAGGAUAGGCGAGUACAAUGGAACCGCAGGUGAUUCCCUUAGCUACCACCAAGGGCGACCUUUCUCUACCAUGGAUAAGGAUAAUGAUGUUGCUGUUACGAACUGUGCGCUAGCAUAUAAAGGAGCGUGGUGGUACAAAAACUGCCACCGGGCUAACCUGAAUGGCAAAUAUGGAGAGUCCAAGCACAGUCAGGGUAUCAACUGGUACCACUGGAAAGGCCACGAGUUUUCCAUCCCUUAUGUGGAAAUGAAGAUGCGGCCAUACAGUUUCCACACCAGUGAAAGGUGGCAAAGUUCUCUAACGUUAUAAGAGCUCAUCAAGUUCAACAAAAUUUGGGGUCCUUAAUUCCAAUGGGAGAGGGGCUGUGAGCAAACAGAUAGAAAAAACGUGUAACUUAAGAAUUAAAAGUUGUAUUAUGUGUGGUGGUACUGAUGAAUGGCCAAUGAAUUUGAAAGAGGAAGCAAGCUUUAAGUGAACAAAAGCCUGAUCAUAUUUUGCAGUCAAUAAAUGGUCAACUGAUUGAAAAAAA